AGGAAAUCUAUUAAUAUGUCAUGUAUUAUCAGUGCAACCGGUACUCUCGACGGUACUGGCGACGCAUGUCGCAUCGUUAAUUCUCUUCGUAGCGCUAGUUAAAGAAAAAGAAAAAUGAUGCGUCAUCCUCACAAGGCAGAUAUAAUCGCGCAGUCUCAUGAUAACGUGCAUCACGGACUCAGCCAGCUCAGCGCAAGAUGAAGAAGCGAAUCGUGAUAUUUGGCGGCACUGGGAACACCGGUCUCUGUUCUUUAAGGACCGCCGUGGAAAAUGGUUUGGAGGUGAGAGCUUUCGUAAGAGACAAAAACAAAGUUCCUGAGGAUCUUAGAAGUAAAGUUGAACUAAUUGUUGGAGAUGUUAUUAAUGCGAAGGAAGUUUCAAAUGCGAUAGCUGGUAGAGAUGCUGUUGUGGUAGUACUCGGUACCAGAACAGACUUGAGUCCUACUACUGUAAUGUCUCAAGGCAUGAAGAAUAUAAUAGAAGCCAUGAAAGCACAUAAUGUUGAACUGGUGUCUGUAUGUCUAUCAGCGUUUUUAUUCCUCAAACUUGAAGCAGUGCCUGCUAUAUUUAGAAGUGUAACUGAAGAUCAUCAGCGCAUGUUCAAUCUGAUUAAAUCGAGUGGUUUAAAAUGGGUGGCGAUAUUGCCGCCGCACAUUGCAGAGACACCAAAGUCCAAAUACAAUGUCACAUUUGAUUCUUCACCUGGACGAGUAAUCUCCAAACAUGACCUGGGUGCGUUUCUUGUCGAAUGUCUUGAGAAUCCUGAUUAUUACCAAAAGGUCUGCGGCAUCGCGACCGUAUUAUAAUGCGAGAAAUGGCAGGGAUAUAAAAAUAAUAAAAGAUGCAUGUAUUUUUUCUAGUGAAAAAAUAAAUAUAUAUAUAUUUAUGUAAAUCGUUAUCACGUUUGAUAAGUUAUGGCUCGAAUUGUAUGUGUUGGAUGGAGAAAGAGCGAGCGUAAUUAAGCGCAUCGUAUUCUGUCGUUGGAAUACAACGAACAAAAAAAGAAUAUUUACAAUAGAAAUGUAAUCUGAGUGAGAGAAAUCGUGCUAAAAGCUAAGGAUGAAUCUAUCUGUCGAUCCUUUAUAUAAAUUAAAAUUAUAAAUAUAAAGUUAGAAAAAUAAGCCUAUACGGCACUCUCUACUUUGUAACUUAUAAUAAGAACAGAAACAAUUCUCGAAAAAUA